AUGUCUGAAAAGGAAGCAUUAUUAUUCGCUAAUGAGGAACAAAAUAUAAAGAUCCCUGAAGAAUUAGAAGAAGGUCGUGAUGGCCUUACAGUUAUAACACCUAAAAGGUUGAAGCGGAUUACUGAGUUUAUGGAAGAUAGCAAGAUUACCCUUUUGCGCAGUCCUCCAUCAUCAGGAAAAAGUACUCUCGAAAGUUUUGAUCUGCAUUAG